CUUUCCAGUUAUCGUGAAUUUUGUAUUUCUUUUUUUCCCAAUCAGCUGUUAGCGUGUGAUUCAUUGAAUAAAUUAAAUAAUAAUUCUAUUUUAGUGACAUUAUCCUUUAUUUUCGGUCUUAUUUACAUUUAUUAGCUGAUGGUUGAUUCUACUAUGGUUUCUGAUUUAAAUCAAGAGGAGGUGAACGAUAUUUGCAUCAAGGCUCUUCAGGAUCAAAUUCGCUCCCCCUCUUACCAACACACUGAAGCUGUUAAAUGGAAUCAAAAUGUAGUUGAGACCGUUACAGAAAGCCUUGUCCGCUUAGGAUAUCCUUACAAAUAUUGUGUUUGCUGCGUUAUCAUGCAAGCUGGAUUGGGCGCUGGCCUGAAUAUUGCUAGCAUGUGUUUUUGGGACAAGCAAAUCGAUGUUACCUUUGUUGUCAGAUGGGAGAGUAAAGCUGUGAUUGCAGUUUGUAACGUGUUCGCCUUGCGUCUUGACAAUUUGCCACCUCAGAUUAUGAAGAGUGAUGUUGAGGAGAACUGCGACGGACAUGUCAACACAAAUGGAGGCUCUUGA